GCGUCGCCUCCGCCUGGGCGACACGGGCGGCGCCCCGCUCCCCUUGCCGCCGUCGCCCGCAAAUCCUCUCUCCCUUUCCCUUGCCGCCGCCGGAGGGGUCUGCCGGAGGCCGGCUCGGCCCCUAGGAUGGCGACGGCGGGGUGUUUCGCGCGGAUCUGGUGGGAGUUAGCGCAGCUCAUCGGCGGUGGAGCGCGCGCGGCACGGUACCUAUGGGUGGCCGUGGCCGUGCUGGGGCGCGCCGUGGCGCGCGCCGCGGAGCUCGUCGGGCGGCGGCUGAGGCCCAGGCGGCCAGGCGUGGCGGAGCCUCGCCGUGAGGACGUUGUGGCCUGCCUCCGCGCCUCGCUCGAGGAUCUGCUCCGGUCGCCGCUGUCGUGCGCUGUCGGUGGGGGCUUGGGCGACGUCGAGCUGUGCUUCUGCGAGGCGGAGGCCGUCGACGUGUGCGUCAGCGGGCAGAUCUGUGCGGGGGUCGGCGCACGGCGGCAUGGGUGACUCAGCGUAGCCGGUGCGCUGGCUGCGGCGAGGAAGACCACUAGGUGGUGUGACUGCGGUGGAGCUCUGGCGGUGCGGUUGCAGCUGCUGCUGCCUGCUCGGGCUUCAGUGUGGUCUGGCAUGGGCGGGUGGCCUUGCGGCUGCUGUGGCCGUGAUGGCAGCGGCAGUGCCCGCACGCUCGCGUGGCCGUGGCUGGCCAGCGGCGUCGGCACCCACACGUGCGGCUGGCCCGUUGUGGCGGCGGCGUGGCUUGCCUGUGCUUGCCUAGGUCGGGGGCGUUGACCGUCGCCGGAUCUGCAGCUGUCAGCGGCGCCUUCUGCAGGGGCGGCUUGCUCCGUGCGUUGGGGUGUGUGGUGGGAGGGCCUCUGGCGAAAGCCAUGCCCGCUUGCGGGCGGACAGCGGUGACGCCCGCGGGCGCCACCCCUACCCUAUUGAGGGUGCCGUCUUUGGUCCUCUCGCCACCAUGCGGGAACCCUCGUCUCGGCCUUCUUGGGGUCUCCCGCUGGUGCUCGUCCGACGUUAGGGCUCUGAGGGUUGGUGCGUCGGCGGACGACAGUAGGUCUUCGGAGGAAACUUUGCUUGGUUGGUACCAGGCGGGCGGCGACGACUCGUUUCUCCUUCUUGAAGGCGCGGCCCAGAAGACCUAGUUUGUGUGUUCGUCGGCGUUGUGGAGGCUCUUUGUCACUCCGCUUGGCUCGGUGGUGUCGAGGCCAUUGUCGCUUUAGGCGUCUGCUUGCUCCCGGAGUUCGGCGUUGUGGAUCUUUGCUCGUGGUGAAGAAUCAGAGCUGCCUCGUGUGGGGUGUGCGAGGCUUGGCAACGAUGGCGCGUCGUGAUCUUAUUCCUUGCGUCGGUGUCUGGAUUUAGGCGUCAUCGAGUUGCUUUGGCAGUGUGUGGCUCGUCUUGGGAAGUCGGAGCUGCUCGUCCCUUGUGUUUGAGCUUGGCAACGAUGACUCUAGAUGUGUUUGUGUGUGUGAGGCUAUUGUUGUCUAGGUGGUUUGUUAGGGCCUUCGCCGGUUUCCUGUGUAGGUUUUGGGUCCGGUUUUCCUUAAAACUGGAUCAAUUCUAUUCUUCUUAAUUGAGAGGCAGAGCUCCUGCCAUUAUGUUCAAAAAAA